AGUCGUAAUAGAGGGCAGUCUUCUGCUCUGGCUUUGGGCUCUGCAGCUGCGGCCUCCAUGGGCAUGGCGAUGUCAGCACACUGAGUGCGCUGCACUCGUUCUCUCUUCCUUCUCACCGACUGGCAGUGUGCGCUUCCAUUCUGUGAAACGGGUUCACCACAGCUGCCAUCUGAGCCUGCUGCCCUUGGACGACUCCUCACCGUUGUGCACAUCACGGCACCACUGCAUUGGCGUAUGUCGAAGAGUUGUCGGGUUAAGACGAGGGACUGGCCCCACUCGAGACCUUGACGGGGAGAGGAGAGGUCAUCCAUUGCAGUGCACUCCUGUUGUAGGGCGGAUUGCAAGAGUGAUAGACGGCCAACCAAGCGAGUAGGCAGGCAGGCAGGCAGGCAGGCAGGCAGGCAGGCAGGCAUGGCGGCGCUUGCGCCAGUGCACCUGAUUGGUGGCAAUGGGGGAGGUGACUUUUACAUCAACGGUGCACAUAAAGGAGCCAUUUUGAAGAGGAUCCGAGUCUGGGUGGGCGGAUGGAUGAUCAGAGGCAUCGAGGUGCAGCUAUCUGACGGUGAGAGCCAGAUGUUCGGCUCGGUCGACGGGGGCGCCCGCGAGUUCACCUUCCAGAUUGGGGAGAAGAUCGCUUGGCUGUCCUUGUGGGGCAACGGUGCCGGCACCAGGCUGGGAGCCAUUAAAUUUGGGACAACCCAUAGGCGGGAGUUCUUUGCCAAGAUGACAGACUGGGGACUGAAGACCGAGUACAAGAUGGAAGUCGGAUCGGGGAUCUGCGUUGGCUUGCAAGGGAAAUGCGGCGCUGACAUCGACUGCGCGGGCUUCCUCUUCAUCAAAGACGGCCACAGCUUGACGCUGCGUUAACGUUUGAAGGGCACAUACUACUAGUAGGAGGCUAAGGAGGGCGUUGCCCACAGGACCGCACACGUUAACGUAGACAAAACAUGGGAUGAGUUUUGAUGUAUGGGCUCAUUGCAGAAAUCCCCGUUCCUUUCAGAAUGGCAUUUCAUGGGGGGAGAAAUCCAUUUUCCACAGUUCUUUUAACUUUUCUUUCAUUCUUCUAAUUUCGCUCUUUUGCAAUACCUUUUUUUCCCUAUCAGUGCCUGAGGCCAGACACCCAAGAUCAGGUUGGUACUUGAUGCACGUGCAUGGAACACCUGUUUUCUUUUUCCCCUUCGUUCUUCAUUUGAACCCAGGGGCGAGGUCCCACUAGCAAAGAGGAUUGGAAUGAACGCCGUAAUUUGGCCGCGUAUGUGGACACGUGCAGAAAAUCGAGAUUGAACUCCUUUUCUGCAUCUCUGCCUAAAACACGUGCAGAUUCAGGAUCUUAAUCCAAUCCCCCUUGCUAGUGGGACCAUGCUCCAGGUGCAUCCACGCAACAAAACUUCGAUAUACGG